UCUCCAUAUGCAUAUAGGAACUACUUAAACAGCGACUGUUUUACCCGGAACCUUUUAACCGACGGACCAUGAAAACAAGCAGCUGAUCAAAUGCUCUCUGUUCUGUUUCAGACUGGCUUUCAGUUCGUGUAUUUAGUGGAUUAUUGUUGACGUUAGUAUUGCCAUUAUCGUUUGUUGAUGCUCAGUCUCUAUAAGCAUCGAAACUUAGUAAAUUUGUCGAUCUAAAGCAUCUAAAAUGACAUCUAAACCUACAUGUCUGAUUGUGGCCAGUGCUGCAUCUGCAGGAGUUUCAGCGAGGUCGUUCCAUCAGUGUUUUAAUUUGUGCAGUUCAGUGUUUAACCUGCAGACAGCGACACCUGGCGGGAAGUCGAUCGACUUUACCGGUGUGGAUGACUGCACAGCCCGAUGGGUGCAAGAGUUCAGCGUCAAACCCUAUGCAAACCCGGCCAAGCUGGAGUCUAUCGAUGGUGCCCGCUAUCAGGCGCUACUGAUCCCUGACUGUCCGGGAGCCCUGAAUGAUCUCGCUCACAGCGGAUCCCUCGCACGAAUCCUGUCCCACUUCAUGUCUCAUCAAAAGCCUGUGUGUGCUGUGGGACAGGGAGUAGCUGCUCUCUGCUGCGCUACAGAGGAACAGAAAUGGAUAUUUAGUGGCUACAGCAUGACUGGGCCCUCUGUGUUUGAGCUGGUACGUUCUCCUGAAUUUGCCAACCUGCCUCUGAUUGUGGAGGAUUUCAUCAAAGACAAUGGUGGAUCUUAUACAGCGAGCAUUGAGGACGCCGUUCACGUGGUUCUGGACCGCCAUCUUGUAACGGGCCAAAACGUUCAGUCCACGUCAGCGGCCGUCAAUAACCUGAUUCUGCUGUGCAACAUCAGAUAAACGCUUCGCCUGUUCAGAAGGGAAAGAACAAAGGACCACACCAAUGAAAUGUGAACCGGAAGUGUUUUAGAAAUGGCUGUUUAAAGCACAUUCACAAGUAUGAAAAUCAUGCCAAGAUGACACUCCCAAUGUUUGCGCUAGAUUUUAGUUUCACUUAUCACUCAAUUUUAUUUUGAAUGCCUAGAAAGGAGCACAUGCAUAUAUAUAUAUUAACUAAAUUAAUUUCAAAGUUAUGCACUCCAAUAAAAUGCUUCAUUUUUAACUAUAACACCAGAAUUCCCCCUAGAAUAUUAAAUCCACUAAAAUAACUAAAAAAGACCACAUUUCAGCUUUUAAAAUUCAUCAGACUUCCAUUUGUUAGUGCAGACAUGAUUAUGAUUAUCUUUGGUAAUUAAGAGUGUCACCGAGUUCAAAGCUCCUGUAAAGUAGAAGAUUGGGCACUUUAACAGGAACUAUUUUUUUUUCUUUCUUUUUUUUUUUAUAUAUCCUGUGAAUAUGAAGAUCAUGAUAAGAGGAACUGAUCUGGGCUGUGUUUCCUAAAAGCAUCGUAAGCUUAACCACAUCGUAGACCUGUUGAAACCAAUGGAGCUACGAUCAACUUAAGCUUACGAAGCCCUGUUCUGAGAUGUUUUGUUUUGCUUCAUUAUCUAAUGUCAAAAAAAAUUCUGUGAUGUAUUAUCAAGGUUGUGAUUUGCAAUGCAAAAGAAACUAAAUCUGUAAUGUGCAGUAUUAUGAACGUAAUAUAGUAUGAAAAACCAAAUAUGUACCUUAAAUUGUAUUCCUGAAUAAAAUAAAUGACAGUAAAA